CAGAUACGUCGUCUGCAUUGUUUCGUCUGUUCCCUCCCUAGUUAGUUACUGUUAGUAGGCAGUAGCUAAAGGUGUGAAGUAACAUCGUCCCAAUGGUAAUUUGAUUCACUAAAACCUAUUUAUUUAAAAUCUUAAUUUAACAGUAAAUUAGUCUAACGUUUUGUUGUGUCGGGUUUUGAUUCUAACAACUUACGAUGGAUUCGGUUCCCAUUGAUUAAUACACUUCCUGGGCCGAGCUUGUUCAGUAACCUUGAAUCAAUGAAGUAGUCCAUAUCCUCCAUUGAGAGGUUUCACUCACAAUGCUAAAUCGAAUAAGUCGGUGAAUAGCUUAACGUAACGUCUGGUUGUUAAAGUGAUUACGUGAUGGAGCGAUCGAUUCCUUAUUUAAAAUAGAGUUCAGGCUUUUUCUUCUGCCAAAGAGAGGAUGACAAUCUUCAACCUGCUUCCAUCCUGGACCUCAGAACCAUUCAAGCAUCUAGGCUGGCUGUGGCCUAAAGGAGUGAAAUGGAAAAAAACGAGCGAGCCAGCCCAAACAGGGCUUAUGUGCCCACAACAGUGGAGCAUAUUGCCAACAUCAUCACUCAUGGCAUCUGGAUACCUCCCAGUGUGUAUGCCGGGACAGUCCUGCUACAUCGCUCCACCACGAGGCUGCAGUACUGUUCCGCUGUUGUUUACGGCAGUGCACUUGUCCUCUGCUUCACUGUUUCUACCGUCUUCCAUUCCAUCUUCUAUUGUGGCCACAACCAACAGCUGAAGGACUUGCUGCACCGAGGUGACAGAGCGAUGAUUUACGUAUUCAUUGCUGCCUCUUACUUCCCAUGGGUGAUGCUGCGGCCACUGCCUCAGGACAGCUUGGCUGCAGAGCUGUGGUGGCUUGUCUGGGUGUUGGCGGCAGCAGGCAUACUUUACCAGCAGAUGUUCCACGAACGAUACAAGACACUGGAGACUUGCUUCUACAUUUUCCUAGGAGCCGCACCAUCCCUGGCCGUACUGGCUCACAUAGAACACGCGGAGUUCGCUGGAAUCCAGGAGUUGAUGUUGGGUGGUGCACUCUAUGCCAUCGGUGUCUGUUUCUUCAAAUCAGAUGGUGUGGUGCCAUGCGCUCAUGCCAUCUGGCACAUGUUUGUCGGCACAGCUGCAACGGUACACUACUAUGCCAUCCUGCACCAUUUGUACACUACGCCAAGCGUAUAGCUGUGAUAAACAGAAGGAAGAGAAAUAGAUCUGUAGUUGCAGUCAUCAGGUUGAUAGCUAAUUUUUGCCACUGCAGCUGAUGUACAGGUGAAAAGUUGCAAAACAAGUCAAAUCCAAUUUGCUUGCAAGCUUUUAAGAUAAUCUGAAAUUCCUCUCCAGCAUAAUGUUUUAUAACAACUAAAACAGAUUUUGAAUCUAAAGAAAUAAUUUUUGGCUUAGUAAUUUGGCCAAAUAAGUUGUAUUGAUCUAAUACUUGUCUGAGAUAUUUGUAUCACUAGAAGUCGAAGAGAUCUCUCAAUGUUUUGUAAUCACAUAAUGAUUAUAAGAUUCACUUUUCUACAACAAUUUAAUAGAAUUCAUAGUUUUGAAAAAAUAACAAUAUCCUUGUUGGUAGAUCUCAUAGAAAUCUGUUUAUUAAAUAAUAAUGGAAUUUCCUGAAGAUAUUUUACACUUUUACUUAAAAUAGCCCCUAAAACACAAAACCACCUUAAUCCAAAUGUUUUUCAAGUAAAAUGAAUAAAAAUUGACAGAAAUGCUUAAAAUACGUUCUUUAUUCUAUAAUGAAUGAAAUAUUUAAAUACCAAUACCCUGUAGAAAGAAGAACAAUUAUUGUUGCAAGAAGCCAUUAUUCCAGUUAAAUACUAUAUUGCCAGUUUUUUAUGAUGUUGUUUUCAGUCUUAGCCCAAUUCGAACAAACGAAAUUUCUCUUAUUACAAAGGGAAAGUUAAAGUUUAUUUUAUUGCUUAUGUUUUCAUAAUACGAAAUUUAAAUCAUGAGUUGUUAACAUUUCUAAUAGUUAUUGAGUUAUUAUGUAAAUAAAAAACCUUCAGCAUGAGUUUAAAACGUGAUACAAUUUUAAAGGCUUGAUAAAUUCGGUUAUAAAUAAUUAUUUCCUUGAAAUAAUAUUAUCUUAUGUUUUCUUUUAUAAUAUCACGACCAAUAAUUCCAGUCACAAAUACUCAUAAUAAUGAAUUAUUGUAUUAAUAUCUAUUAUAUAAUUAUAAUUCCAUCAAAAAUGGACAAGUAAAAACACUGUUAACCAAAGUACAUUCAAGCGAGCAUUCCAUAACUGUAUUUACUAUUUAGUUUUAUGGUCUAAUUAUAAUGAUUGUACACUGUCUAAAACGUAUAGUUUUCAGUUCGUUAUUGUUAGGAGCUACUUUUUCUAAGAACUAAUUCUGGUGGCUGAAUAGUUAAAAUAUAAAAUUUACCACUGAUACUCAUUGCAGUUAAUUGGCAUUAGCAACAUGUUAGUCUACUGGUCAGAUUUUUUUUGAUAGUAACAAAAAAAAAUAAAAUCGUUGUACCAAGAAAAGAUAAUAGGAUUUCGUACAUUUGGCAUUGUUAUAUAUUACAAAUAGUGUAUUUUUGUUAUGUAUAGUCAUGACAAAUGUCAAAAAUAUUCAAAUCCUUUCAAAUUAUCUAUCGUUAAUAACAAACAAGAAUAAAAGGUGCCUUUUAUGAAAUCUUUGUCUUUAUGUCUAUUGUACACAUACGUGUUUUUCAUAAGUGAAAAUGAAACCAAUUUAAGUUAUUGGUGAUGCAUUUGGAUCAAGUUUGUAAUCUUAAUUCUAGGCACAUGUUUAAAAUAAUGAGAACAUUUUUUAGAAUUAGUCUAUUGAAUUCAGAGUAGAGAAUAGGGAUCACAAUUCUUUUGGCGUCAGUAUCGGAAUCAGAGUUGAAUUCUUUUGAUAUUAGCCCAUCUGUAUAAAUUAUUCAUCACAGUACGAAAUUAAAAAAAAAUAGUUCAAAAGUUCUAUAUUUUGGUAUAAAACCGUAAUCACGUAAUAAAUAACUAUAUAUUAUAUUUAUAAAUAAGUUUAUUAGGCAAUAUCAACCAAUGUAAAGUUUCAAGAUGGUGGUCAUUAGUAUUGGGGAAUUCAUAUUUCAACUGUUCCACAUAAACAAAUAAUUAAGCGAGUUUUGUAACAAAGCAAGUUCAUACAACAUAUUCAUACAGGUUUUGAUAAUUUUUUGAGGUUUUAAUAUGGCUGCUGUUCAAUGUUUCAAAAGGUUAAGUUAUUUUUUGGCCAAGAAAAGGAAAAGAGUUUUACAAUUUUGAAGUAGUUUAUUACCAAGUUUGCUGUUACAAGUGUUCUAUUAUUGUGUAAUGUUUCAAGAUAGCAGGUGUACAAUCUUUUGAAAAUCAAAUUGUAAAAUAACAUUGUAGCAAUACUAGUGAACAUGUUAACUGUAAUCAUUUCAAACUAUACUUGGUAAGGGAAUAGUUCUUAUACAUACCUUUGAUAAGUUUGUUUGUCAUUAUCAUUCAAUCUGGGUGUUCUUAUUUGUGCAAAAUGUUUAGUUGACUAUUCUACACUAUAAAUCACAAAUAGAACAUGUUUACAACUUUGAACAUUUUCAAACAACUUUUAUACCUGCAUAUUUUAACUAUUUUUAAUGUUUAAAGAUGACGAUGAUGGCUGCUACAAUUUCAAAAAAGGAAUGGUUAUCUUAGCUGCUAAGACUUCAUAGAACAAAUUAGAAACGCGCCUUAGAUAUCUCAGGUAAUUUACAACUGUUCCCAAAGUUUUUAUUCUAUCGAAAGGUUUUCAGAUAGUUGCCUUAUAAAGUUUUCGAAUUAACUAUACAAUAAUAUUGAAGCAAUACAAGUGAAUACAAUGUAAAUGUCAUUUACAAAUUUAAUAUAAUUUUAACUGAUAGUGACCAAAUCAAGUACACAUUUUUAGAAACCACGUAUUUACUUAUAACUAUUUCAGUCUUUAAAGUUUUGAGAUGGUAGAGUAACACAAAUUUUGAAAGUAUUAACACGACAACUUGUAGAGUUGUCAUACCAUCAGUGUCCUACAAAUUAACCUUCAACACUAAUAAUGUAUCUUCAAUUUGAUAUUUUAAGAUGACUAUGAAAUUCAUACAUAGUAUCUACCUUUUCAAGUAUCAACCGUUUAAAGUUAAGAUAUUGAAUUAACACAAACAAAUAAAUCUGUCGCAUUAAUCAGAAUUGGUAUAUAAAGUUGUUGUUUAACCAAACUGUUUUUUUCACUUUCAAUAAAAUGGUCAAAAUGGUUUUAACUUGUUUUGCACAAUAUUUGACAAUGUUGUUGAACACAUGGACCAUAAAGACAUUACCGUAGGAAAUGCUCCAACAACGGGUGCAUAACAAAUCAUUCAGUUGGAGGGUUUUAAAUAAUUUUAAAUUUUGCUAUUAAUUAUUUUCUAAUGUUUCAAUCAAAACUAACAAUCCCCCUGUUCUGUUUAACUAAACGUUGAGAUACAAUGAUAUGUAAGAAUGUUCAGUUCAAAUUUAUCUCUUAGACUACCUGAUGUAGGAACAUUAUGAGUUUUAACUAAACGUUGAGAUACAAUGAUACUCGUACAUCAGAAUUUUCAGUUCAAUUCACCUCUUUAGACUACCAGAUGUAGAAACGUUAUGGUUCUGGCCUAAAAUUAUCCAUUAAAGAAUUUUUUAGUAUUUGUAGACUGAAAAUAAUUUAUUUGUGGGCUUAAGUAAGAAAUUGGUAAAUAGCUUAAAAAUUGUAUUGUAUAGUUACUAAUUACUAGUAUUGAGUCUGUUACUUACUUGUAAAGGGGGAAAAUACAAAUAAUACCCAUAUAUUAAAGACAAAGUCCCUGACAUUUGUUUGAGAUAUGAUUAAAAAUUUAAUGAUUAGCAAAAUAUCAUGUUUAUGAUUUUUGUGAAAGAAUGUAAAUGUUAGUUAAUAAAUGUUAAACAUGUGAUGCAAGUUAUGAAAACAACCUGGUCCUAAGACUUUCUUCAUAUCUUGAAUACUUAUCAAAGACUGACCAUAUUGACUUGACUUCAAUCCAUAGACCAAACGUUUGUCUAUUUUGUCUAUUGGCCCAUACAUACCAAGCAUUUGCCUAACCUAGAGUUAUCCUAAUAGCCUUCCAUAUCUUGUAAUUGUGGAAGACUUCAAUCUAUGAAAGUGUUCAAAUGGAAGACCAAGAUCUUUUCCUUAUUACAUUGUUACAUUUACUAUGGAAAGUGUACCACACAGGAAUCGACUGCUGGUAAAUUGAGCAAACCUUACUAAGUCUGGCAUUUAAGUCCACCAUACCUUGUUCUGGGUUAUUACCACUCUAUACUCCUUGCUGCCAUCAUAACUGUAGUUUUUUGAACUUUCAUAAAAUAAUCUAUUUUUCAUUAAUGUUGUUCUUCUCUUUGCUGAAUUUUUCCUGCAUUUUGCUGUUACCCGGGAGUAAUACAUAAACGUUUUGUACAUAAUUCUUUCGACAAUAUGAUAUUUAUUUCAACAAAAUCAACUGUUUUCUGGGGUACCAUUAGAGCAAAGCAGUAUAAAUGAAGGUUAGCAUACAAUUGUAAUUUCUACCUUUACAUACCAAAUUAAUUUUUGUAAUGGAAGUAAAAAUUAUUAUUUAAUUUUCUUUAACAUUCCACAUUUCCACAAUUAUAAGAUUAAUACCACUAGCGAAUUACAACACAUAUUCCGAUAAUUAAUUUAAUUUAGCAAGUCCUUUCAGAAUCAAGGAUUCCAUUGUCAGUCAACUUCACAAAAUCAUUGCAUGAUUACUAAAUUUUUAAAUACCCUGACACAAUAACGAAUUUAAUUAGCUUUACAUUAAAUGUAUGACAUGUAACAGUUUUGUUUGAAUUAAAUAAUUGUUAAAUUAGUAAAUUGUGAGUGUUUUCUCCUGUGGUUGUGUAGCUGGAUUAAUCCAGCCUAGUAGUGCUAUAUGUUGUGGCAAUUCAAUUGUGAAAUGUGUAUAAUUCUUAGUAUAUUCAGGGGGUAUUUUAAUAUUUAGUUUAAAAAUGCUUAAAUGUAUAGAUCUGCUGGUAAUAAGUUGUAUUUAGUUUAUAGCAUACUGCUCUCUAGGUAAUAACAUCAUUGCAUUGUGAUUUCAUAUAAACGUUCCUCUGAGUUUAUAUUAGUAUAUAUUCAAUUGAAGCACAUUCUAUAAAAAGUUCUUAGAAUAAUAAUAAUAAUCUCUUAAGAGUAAAUGACGGGUAAAUUUGUAACGCCUUUCUUUAGAGUUUCCAAUUUUCAUUCCAUUAAUAUCUAUUCUAUUCAAGGUGCACUUUUGUGAAUUUUGUUAAAAUAAGUACUGAAAUGUGGAUUGCCAUUAAACUGACUUUUGAAAGAGAGAGAAUGCUGAAAAUAUUUUAAGAAAUAACUAAAACUUUUAACAUGAAAAUUAUUUGUAUUUUGAACAGUAUCAAUAAAACCUAACAAUCCCCCUGUUUUUAACUGAUGUAGUAAAAAUAUAAAAUGUAUUACAAAAAUUAUAUUUUAAUAAUUAGUUAAUUAUUAUGUUACAAAAUCAAUUAAAACCAUUUCAACUGUUCAAGUAUUUUAAUAUGUAGUUUUUAUAAAUAAUUGCUCUAAUAUCAAUAGAAGGAAUCUCUCACAAUAUAUUAAAAUACAACAGGUCUGUAUAUAAGCUUAGAAUAUGUCAGUAACAAUAUUUUUAUGAUUUAUAGUGAACUUUUAAUUUCAAGUGAUUUGUUAUUGACAUUCUUAUUCCAUUGCCAUAUUGAUCUCAAUUUUCUACUGUGCUAUUUUCUCCUAGUAUCCUUAUGAUUGUUACUUUGUUCUGUGUAUGUUGUACUUUUAUAUACUAAAUACAUAUAAUUUACCAUUAUUUAUAUGUGAAAAUUUUAUACAUAUUUUUAUUUUUGGUUAUUUUUGUGUAGAAGUAUAUUUUUGAAACUCUGAAUUGUAUUAUAAAAUAAUUGUUUUAUAAGUUUUACGCUUACACAAAUUUAACUACAUUGUAGUUAUUUUAAUCUUAUUUAAUUAAUGUUGUUCCAUUCAUUUGACAGACAUUCCAAAACGAUUGUUAUUGUUUACUAUUUAUUUUUUAUUGAGUGUACUCUUUACAGUUCUUUAUUUUAUUGUUUUUUUAGUUUAGUUGAUAAGGAUAUCAGUGUUUGAAUUGUUUAUAUUUUGUUGUUUUGUGUUUCAAUUUGUUAACCAUUGUUUGUUCCUGCUGAGAAUUGUAAAUUUUACUAUUGAGUUCUUUCAGUUGUCAUAUUUUUACCCAUGUAAAGCUAAUAAUUAAGAUAUUAUUGCUCAACUUUAAAAGUGCCAUAUUUUUUCCCACCGUCUUUUUGUGUUUUCUUUACACUGUCUUCUAAUUUGUCAACUGUCCUACCCAUAUGAGUAUUCUUCGAAGAACCCAGUAUUGCUGUAGAAUAUUCUGAAAAGAAUAAUUUAAAAUAUUUUAUUAAAUGAUGUAACAUAUUUUGAAUGCCUAAGUAGUAUAUCGUAGCUACACAGUAUACUGUAGAUCUCCUCAUAGUACAUAUAUAUAUACUGCUAGAUAUUCACCACAUUCAAUAUAGUAUUAACAGAACAAUAAUAACACUGUUCUUUAAAUAUACAUAUAAUUAAGGAUGUGCCGAUGCUGAUUUUGAGUUCAUAAUUAAUCAACUGAUUCUCAAUCUCUGUUUGAUUCUGCAAACUGUAAACAAUUGUGCAUAUUAUUGAUGUAAGAGCAUGAUAAUCAGAUAGAAUUUAGCUUUAUUUGUUUUUACUGUUGUUUCCAAGACCCCUUCAUUUUGUAUGUCUGAACUGGGCACUAAGAUCAAUAGUCAAUAGUACUGACUUGUUUUGUCAAAUAGAUAGGUCUGCCUUUUUUGCAAAUCAUAUAGGGUUUAUGAAAACUCUCAUCAACAAAAUGAAAAUGUUCUUCAACGUUGAUCCAGUCAACAACGAUAUAGCUGCUAUAAUAGGAUCAUAUCACAUAUUGUUGGGUUGGUCAAUUUGAGUUGUAGAGAAUAUACCACUACGUUUGUCAUGGAUCACAAAAUAGUUUUAGAAAAUAGGAAAUUGUGGGCUAUUCAUGUGGUCCAGUGGAGUCAUAGGGAAUAGGCUAAUGCUUAAGUUUGUGACCCGAACUAGAAGAUUGGGGUACAUUUUUGAGGACAAUUUCAGUUGAAGGAAGAGGCUAAUAGCAAAGGUUGUGACCUAUACUAGGAAAUGUUGGGUUAUUUAUUUGGUCCAGUUGAGUUUUAGGGAAUAUGCUAAUGUCAAUGUUUGUGAUCUGAAGUAGAAGAUUGGGGAACAUUCGUGUGGUCCGUUUGAGUUGUAGGCAAUAGGCUAAUGACAAAGAUUGUGGUCUAAACUAGAAGAUUGGGGAACAUUUGUAUGUUCUGUUUGAGUUGUAGGAAGAAUAGGCUGUGGCAACGUUUGUGACUGAAAAUAGAAAAUUGUCGGCUACACAUAGUCCAUUUCACUUGUAAGGAUUGACCUUAUACAACUACAAUGUUUUGUUUUAACCCUAUGCACUCGAUGGCAGUAUAUAUAAUUUGCCCUUGGUGCUCAUAUGGCCAGCACUACUGGCUGCCGCCAUUUUGAUGGAAGCACAGAUUAAUUUUUGCCGUAAUGUUAUCUCAGCUCCCGUGUCAAGCUAUACUGUUCAAGAUAUAAUACGUCCAUAACUCGUAAGGCCAGCGUCACAUAGCAGUUAUUUUCUAAUAUUCUCUUUGUAUUAUAAGGAAUGGUGAGUGCUGAAAUCUAUUGAGCAGAUUUAUUUUAAAGUAAUUUUUAAGUAAAGCAAUACAUUUUAAAUUAGCCUACAAUUCUUCUCUUAACAUUGUCUGUGCAAAUAAACCGAAUGAUGCGUAGUGGGCCUAAACACUAAAGCGAUAGAAGGGAUAAAAACGUAGAAGAUUUUACUAGAAAAUGUGUGCUAACUAUUCUGGACUAUAAAUAGAUGUAUUUUUAAAAGUUAUAUUCCGUAAAAAAUGUAACGACUGAGAAAAAUAGUUCACGUCUGAGUAUAACAUUACAGUAAAAGGCCUACUCUAUAACAUUAUAUCUUUGUUAAAAAUAUACGUAUAAGAGUUACAUUUCCCAAAUGUAUGUUUAUCCUUGUAUUAGAAAGAUUAAUUAAAAAUGAAUUUUUAAUUAUUUUUCACUUCUUUAAAAAUUUUAAAUUACUAUGCAAAUAACGUAUAGGAAAUUGAAAAAUAAUUCCAAUCUGGGAAGGCAAACAACAAAUGUAGCCUCCGAGCUGUCAGUGAAAGUAUCACGACCAUCUGCACUGGCCAUAAGAGUUGUGACGGCAAACUAUGGCAAAACUAACGUGAGCUGUCUGCAACCUUAGUGAGGCCAGUGCUGCUGGCCUUUCGAGCACAAAGGGUUAGUAUUUGUACUUUAUAAUAGCACUUGGUGAACCUCAUCACAAACAUCGAAUUGACCUGAGACAUGUUUAUCAACUUAUUUAACUUUUUAGCUUUAUAUACUGUCUGAUAUCAGCUUUGAAAUUUUGUAAAGAAUACUGAAAUAUAAAAAAAAUGUAAUUUCAGAAUUUGCAAUCGGAAUCGGCCAUUCUCUCUAAAAAAUAUUCAUUCCCAUUUUGGAAUCGAAAAACUUCCCUUAAGUUACAUUCUGAAAUACUAUAUUUUCUACUUAAUAAAGAUAUUUUCAUAAGUAUGAGUAUUUAACUGUUUUGCUCAUUUACGGAAGCUUUUCGUAAAUAUUAUAACAUACUGUAAUAGCCAAUAGUUAGGUUAGGUCACAACAUAUCUUCUAUCACUUUUGUCAAUUCACAGAGAUACAAAGAAUAGGAAUAAUUGCAACGGUUUGAUUUUUGUUGUAGGUUUUUUAAGUUCAAUGAGUAGCUAACAAUAUUUUAGAUUAGCUAGAUUGUUUUGUUUUGUACAUUUUUUAAUUUUUGUUAAACUAUUGAUAAUAUAUUGUUAAUGUUUUUCUAAUAAAGAACAAACAAAACUGAA